UAGUGCAUUUUAAGAUGUGAAACGCACCACUAACUUUUGAGUUUAAUUCAUCCAGUUCAAUUUUAACUCCCUUUCAAUAAUUACGAACGUCAACAGAUUCAAACGUUUUGAUAAUCCCCAUUAAUUGAAUGAUGAAUUGUGCGCUUAUACAAAUCAAAACACUCAAUAUUUGUUUACAAAUAGAAAAUAAUAUACUCGUCAACUGUUUAAAGUACUUUUUGGGCUGAAAUGAAGAUUCUAGUCUAUUUUUUAAUUAAGAAUUCGUUGACACUAAUUGUCUAUUAAAUAAAACAGAUAUACUUCAGUUUCUUGCUCUUUUUUAAAGGAUUAAAAAAUGAAUAAAAUUUUUCCUAGUCUUCAUUCUUUACCUGCUGAGUUAAUUGAACAAAUUUUAUGUGUUGAUAGUAUUUCUUACAUUGAUGUUUGUAAAAUAGCUACCGUUUCCAAAUUAUUCAAUUGCAUAUCCAAAAGUAACAAACUAUGGUAUACCAAAUAUUCUCAAAUGUGGCCUACAAUGGAUGAGUAUUUUGACCCAGUCAGUACUGACUGGAGCGAAGAAUUCCAGCGAAGAAUCAAUAUCAGGAAGGCUAUUUCUAAAGAGCUGUGUGAAAUGACUAAAGAUUUCUAUCAUGUUGACAACGUUUCAAAUGAUUCAUUUCAUAAUUUUAAAAGUGUCUGUGAGAAUCAUCCAUUCACAGAUUAUAUUCUUGUUGAUGAACUGAUGAGAAUUCUCAAAGAUCCAAAUAGGCACUCCAAUCUUACUCUAAAAUAUUAUGCAGAGAAGGCACUUAUAUAUGUGCGACAUACAAUGUUAGAUACAAUAUGGCGAACAUUUUUGAAUAUUGGGCCAAGACCAUCUUUGUUAAAAGGUGCCUGUCUCAUUCAGCAGUGGUGUGAACCUUCCAAAGUAGAUUGUACUAUAGAGGUCUCUAAUAAGGUUAAUUCGCUCAUUGAAAUGGUCUUCAAUGAAAUAAAAGUAGUAUGCCCUAGUCAUCCUGUGAUCCAGAAAGGGUAUUCUAGUUUACAUGAUGAAAAUGUAGAAGUGCUUGAAAACUCUCUGUGGAGUCCUUAUCGAUGCAAAGUUAUUUUGAAUUGCAUAAAUAGCAUUCUAUAUGGAAAGCUUGGCUGGAGUUGUGUUGAAUACAUGUACACAUUUGAAAAUAUAUACAUUGGCAAGGCAUUAGACAAAAAUAUUGGAAUACCAGUUACACUAGGUAUUCUAUAUGAGACUAUUGCCAAUCAGUUAGGGGUGCGUUUGUUGUCUGUAAACUUUCCUGGCCAUUUUCUUCUCAAGUGGUUAGAACAUCCAGAGAUGAAUGAUGCGCAAGUGGCAUGGACAUAUAUUGACAUAUUUUCUAAUGGUGCAUUCAAAAAAGAACAUGAAUUGCAAGAUCUAGCCCCUGGUUAUAACAACUUCACACCUUCAUGGUUGGAAUCUGUUCCACCUGUAAAAGUUUUUGCAACAAUGUGUUGGAAUUUGGUAGAAGUUGGACGCCAACAUGAUGAAUCCAGUGAAGGUCUAUCCUGUUUGUGCAAUUCCUUAGAAUUGUUGUCUAUCUUGUGUCCUGAUGAUCUUGAACAUAAAUUGUUGCUAGCUCGAGUAUAUAUGCAUCUAUGUGUCAACAUAACAAGAGUGAUAAGCUUAUUACAAGAAAUAGCUGAAAAUGAUCCAGUCUCAACUGGCUUUGUCGGUUAUAUGUACCGGACAGCUAUUACUACUCUUGAAACUCAACAAAUAAAAAAAGAUAAGAGGAAAGUAAAAUCCCAAAAAAGGGUUGAGAAUUGCGCUAAUGUGGAUUUUGCUGUUGGAAUGAUAAUGACUCACAAAAAGUAUGACUAUCGAUGUGUUAUUUACGGCUGGGAUCCAUUAUGUACUGCUAGUAAAGAAUGGAUUAUUCAGAUGGGUGUUGACAAGUUAAAAUAUAAAGAUAAACAACCAUUUUAUCAUGUUUUGGUUGCUGAUGGUACAAAUCGUUAUGCUGCUCAAGAAAACUUAGUGAUUGAUGAUGUCAAAACUCCAAUAACUCACAUGGAAAUUGGACGGUACUUUGAAUCUUUUCAUGGAAGUUACUAUUUACCCAAUGAACAGAAAAGAUUAGAGUAUCCAGAUGAUAUUGCUGCUCGAGAAAGAACUCUAUCCGUCCCUCUCGCAUCAUCAUCAUCUGUGUAAUAUUUGUUAUAUCUUUAUAAGUUUCACUUAUGUUUGUACAUAGUUUUAAAAAAAAGAGUUAAUUCUAUUUCUUUCAGGGGAGCUUUCUUGUAAUAAACACUACAUCCCUUUUGAUGAUUUUUUAUGUUCAAAACAUUAUUAUAUUUGUUAAGUUUAUGAUUAAUUUAUUAUUAAUUUCUACAAAGCAUAAGGGCAAGACCAUGAUAAAUGGUCCCUAUCUGCUCUUUGUUAGGAAAAAUUUAUAUUUUCAGUUCUGAUUACAUUAUUAAAAAAACUUUAUAAUUCUAAGUAUUCUUGAAAAUUUUUUUGAAAUUUAUAAAAAAAUUCUAAAUAUUAUUUUUAGAUGUUUUAAUAAAAAAAUUAUUGUGAAAUUUUCAUUAAGGAUAAAUCAUACUACAGAUUAAAUUCUCAGGUUUGGAGUUAUCAUGGUUUUGCCCGAAUUAUAAAUUCAUGGAUUCCUACAACUUGUUCAUUACGACUUGCUAUACUUCUAAUUUAGUAAGUGUUCAGAACUAUAAAUAUAUGUAAUAAAAAUUAUACAUUGUCUUUUAAUAAUACUGAAAAAUGCAUUUAAAAAAAUAUUUUCUGUUGUCAUCUCUUUUUUUCUUAUGGAAAUAAAUACAUAAUAAACUUUUCUUUUUUAUGAUAUUAUUGUGGUAUUUUAAAUAAUAUUUUAAUGUUGAGAUAAGGAUCUUUUCUAUUUAUCUGUGUUUUUAGAAAAAAUGAAGAAAAUGACAUUUUUAAUUCUUAGACAAAAUCGAGUUUGAAAUAUUAUUCUUUUGUGUGUAUUAUGAUUUUAUAGUAACUCAAAGUCUAACCAGUAUCCGAGUUUUCCUCUUAGUCUAAUAAUAUAAAUGGAUGCUGAGAAAAUGCCAAAUUUAACUACUCAAUGUUUAAAAAAAAACUGUCAAUUUUCUCAUUUUUCCUAAAAAUUACCAAUGACUUCUGAAGUCAUUUACUGAAUUGUAUCUUUCCCACUAAUUAUCAAAAUCACUAACAAAUAACAACAAUAAAAUCUCAUUGAAUUUCCCAA